AAGAAUGUUAUCUCACGAAUUGUAGAGAUACAAUCGACUAGAGAAAUAUGUACUGUAGUUGAUUGAUAAGGACAGAUUUCAAAACUUUAAAAUUAAAGAAAGAUAGAUCGUCGUCGACCUGCGAUCUCCUUUUUUAUUCGAUUUGGUAGAUUAAAUCUAUUUUUAUAGGUACAAUCCAUUAAUCCAUAACAAUCGUUCAGAACUUCUGUUAGCUACGGAAAAACUGUCAAAAUAUGUAAUAAAAGUAACUACUUAAUUACAAAAGAAACAUUUAUGAAAUCUAUUAUAAAAUUAACUUAAUCACUGAAUUCUAAGUUUGCCUGUCUGUUAUUACCUGACUGCUUAUAAAUAUAGUAACAUUCUUUAAAAGAAAAUAAUUUGUAGAUUACCUCACAAAUAAAACAAGCUUUGAAUAAAGUAAGCAGAUUUGGUUUCAUAUAAAAUGUCGCUUUAUUAAUUACAGACAGAGUUAUUAGCGCCGAUGCUGGUACAAGCUGCCCAGAAGCGAGUCAUAUCCCCUGACGAUCAGGCAGCAAUCGAGCACUAUCAGAAACUUCUUUCCGAGUAUGCAGAUUCGCUGGCUAACAUUCGCAGUCUCUGUGACCAAGCUGUGGACCCCAUGGCUUUCGUGCAGACCGCGGGUGAAGCCAUGCAGAGACUAAGGGAAGACACCACCAAUGAUAACGAUCCCCAAAAGUGUGCUUAUGCUUCUACAGCAAUCACUAAGCUGGCGAACCGAGUGAUCACUGUUGGCAUGUCAUCCAAAGAUGUUAGAAAAGACAUUGAACUACAAAAAGCUUUGAAGGAAGCCAAGGAAAAACUAAUGGCGGUCGUUCCAGGGCCAAAUUCUAGGCGAAGUCGAAUCCCCGACUGGAAAGUUACUACUGCCGAGAUUCUACGAACGACUGGAGAGGUAGAAUCCGUGUUGGGUGGUGAAAUGAUUUUCAAGAAGCAACAAACUUCAGAUGAACCUAUAUUUGUAAGUAGAAUUAUUAGUUCAUAAUAAUGGAUAUUGUAUUGGUAUUGAUGAUAGUGUUAAUGAUGAUGAAUAACAAUUGUUUGGGCAAUUUUUGUAAGUCACUAGUCCAAUUUCAAACAAAAUAAAAAAUGUUACUUUUAGUAACAAAGCAGACUUUAUAUAUAGUUUUGUAAGUUAAAUUUAUCUUCUUCUUUGUAGUUGUUAGUAAAAAUCUUUUAUGGUAUAAAACAUUUUACAUUAAUUAUGUGUGUGUCUAGGCGGCGGCGUUAGAUCUGCACACGGCGAUGCGGGGCUGGUCCGCGAAGGACAACGAGAUAGUCGCUGUCGCCAAGAGGGUCGCCGUCUUGCUCGCAAAGCUCUCUCAUUACAUGAACAUAGGUCAGUAUAUAUAUUUUUUUAAAUACAUAUAUAUCUAAUCAUAUAAUAAAUUCAAAAUAAUAUGUGCUGUCUUGGCUAUUUACAAAUACCUGUGGAGAUUGAAAGACAUAGCACGCACGUACUUUAUGCUGCAGCUGCAUACGUUGAUUUUCACCUUUUUGAAGU